AUGCCUGAUACAUCGCUUGAGAAAUACGACCAUGUCCCGGUCACCAAGGAGGAUCUUGACUGGGCUGAGCUGGUCACUCUCGACCUAAGCCUGUACGAUCAACCAGGUGGUAAAGAGAAACUUGUCAAGCAACUCGAACAUGCAGUACAACACGUUGGCUUCUUUUACGUCAAAAACUUCAACAUCAGCCAAGAAGAAGUCGACUUUCAAUUCGCUCUAGGCCGGGAGUUCUAUGCACUGCCCUUAGAGGAGAAACUCAAGUACCAUAACGCAGACGAUCUCGCAAGAGGAGAGUACAAUGGAUACAGGCCUGCCGGACAUCGCAUCCUUGGAAACGGAAUCCGGGACAAUGUUCAAGUUUACAACAUUCCUAAAUUCGACGGUUAUCACCAAAGAGCACAACCCGAUGUCCUGCAGAAAUACGCUACAGAGAUUGAAGCUUUCAGUAGAAAAUGCCACACAGAGGUAGUCGAAAAACUCCUUCGUCUUUUCGCCAUUCUCCUUGAGCUUCCAGACGAAGAUCAACUCGUACGUGACCACAAAUACGACGUCAAAGGAGAAGACCAUCUCCGAUACAUGCACUACGCAGCCCGCAGUGCCGAAGACAACAAAAAGGUCGGCGAGUUGUACAGUCCCGGGCACACUGAUCUUGGAACCAUAACUCUACUCUUUCGACAGCCGGUUGUUGCACUUCAAAUCCUCAAUUCGGAGGGUCAAUGGAAAUGGGUUCGUCCACAGGAUGGAACUAUCACAAUCAAUACUUGUGACGCUCUCACAGCGCUCACAGGCGGAUUUAUCAAGUCUAGUAUUCAUCGUGUCCAUGCUCCUCCACAAGACCAAGCACACGUCGACCGUUUGGGGGUUUUGUAUUUCGCCCGGCCAAACAACCACGUCAUCCUAGACCCAAUCCAAAAUAGCCCUCUCCUCAACCACCUCGGUCUUACGAAGAAUGCAUUCACGGAACUCGACCAGCAUCUCACUACAGAGCAGUGGGUUAAAGUUCGACAGUCGCAACAGCAGCGACGGAAUCGCGAUGUGAAGAUUUCAGAUGAUGGCAAAUAUACUUAUAAGCAUAAGGAUUUGGAAAUUAUUCCUGGUCUGCAGGCUGUGGUCUAUAAUUAGGAAUAGUGGAUUUUUUUAUUGUUCUUCGAAGUAUAGAAUCAAGCAGUCGAUUCCUAGGUGC